CCGUGAUUCUGUGAUUCAGAGGUCCACAGUGAAACAGCGAGAAGCCAUGGUUUCACACUGUCACAUGAGAAACUUCAAUUAGGCCGAAGGGCUGUUCAUCGUGAGAAGAGGUACCUAGCCUGGGAAAUCUUCAGCCUCAGAGGUGUUUGGAAGACACCUUGACAGGGGCCCAAGGCUGACAAGAAAGUGAGAAAAAUGGGAAUAAAGAGUAAUCAGUGCAGUAAGAAAGUGCGGAAGGAGGGGAAGUCUCAACUCUGCCUUCCACAAGUCCCUUACAGGCAGUGCAGAGUGUGGAGCAGUAGGCCAGGGUAGUCAGCAGGGGGUUAGAAACCCUUCCAGACAGCCUCUAUGAGUUUACAAAGAGGAUGUCAUGUUUACCCUAACUGCUUGCUGUUAGCCAAACUUUUUGUAAAGCCCAAGAAGUGACUGAAUAUCCAUCUGUUUAAUUGUGCAAAUUUAUGGGUUUCAAACUCAUUUCCCAAGUUAAUGAAGUCUCUGUGCACAUACUGACUCUUAUCAUUCCCCUGGUUGUAUUUGACAAGGAAUGGGCUGCAACAUUUGUAGAGCUUUCAUGAAAGUUGAGAGCCAGAUCAGAGAGUGACUCCUGAGUGAGUCCACUCCAUAAGCAAACUUUCUGCCAUGUUUGAUAAAAUUAAAUGAUCCUAUAGAUUUAAUGCUUCUUCUGGACUUAUAACCUCUUGUCUCUGUCCUGCUUGGUUGUUUGGUUGUUGUUAUAACAUUUCAGUAAAAUCCACAAAUGAGUUUAAAAGUGAUGAAUAUAAGAAAGAUCCAAGGAGGUCAUGGAAACAGUAAGGCACAGAUAAAACUUCUGGCUUGUUAGUUUUUAAGUUUUAUGUAGCCACAAAUGGGAAACUAUAACAGGGAAAGAUAGCCAUAUGUUUGAGCCUUAAACAUCAUCCUUAAACAUCCACGUAUCUCUUCCCCUUCCCUCAUCCUUACCCUUUCCCUGUUCUUCCCCUCCCUUCUCACCCCUUUUCUGUAAAAAAUUAGGUCAUACGUGAAGGAUUGUGAGAUUCCAUGGCCAAUGGCUUUGCUACAGAGGUGAGGCUGUAACUUCACAUCAACCAUGCCACUGUUUCUGUAGCAUACCUCACCUUUUAUUGGGCCGUUUGUCCUCUACUGAACUUGCAGGUGGGACUUAGAGCAUUGGAUUUAGCUUUCUGCAUACAUCAGUGCAUCUGUGGCUCAAGCACAGCUCUGUUUCCUGGCAGAUGCAGGCUCCUCCUACUUCUAGAAAGCCCAAACCCUCUGGUUUUGUAGGCCACAUUUGCAGCCAGCAAAAAUGGCUUCGAACUGUUUUGAUCUCUCUCUGAUAGUUUCCUCCUGAAGUUGUCCACUGUCUGAUCUAUGAUUUCAGACAAAGGGAGAAUUAAAGGCACUAUGUGCUGGGCUGGAUAAACUUCUAGGUCCUUAAUUUUCUUGAGUAGCUGAGGUAACAAAUCCAUGAAACACUGCUUUAGUGCACAGAGUAACUUAUUUGAUAUGCCCACUAUGUAAAAUAAGAAAAAAUCACUUGCAGCUCAUUAGCUAUAUGUACAACAAAAGAGAUUUAGACUUCCUUGCUUCUGUAAUUUACUACUGUCAUAUAAGGGCUUCAGGUCAGAGCACAGUGCUGAUUUUGAGACUCAGACUAUGAUGAACGCCAUUAUUUUUCAGUGUGGGUUUUGUUUGUUUGUUUGUUUGUUUGUUUGUUUGUUUGUUUGUUUUUAACAUUCAGGGCACUACUGUGUUUAGGAAGAGGAGGUGGAGGAGGAGGAGGCAUCACCAAAAAUCUUUCUUUACUGUCUUGGAAGUAUAUAGUGAUUUUGUGACACUACAUCAUUGUUCAUUGUGAAACUUAAGGUUCCUGUUGGCUCAGUGUAUUAAUAAAGAAAUGUAGUUGCUGAAGCCUCUGCAAAUUUAUUUUAUUGUUUGUGUUCAUGCAGGCCACGGCUGUACAAAACCCCAUCCAAGUUCUUCACAAACUCUAGGCUUACUUUCUAUGUCUGUCUCCUCUGCACUGAAGAAUGGAAAAGGGAAUCUUGUGCCUCAUCUUGCCAGUGCCUCUUUUCUCAGGCAAUCCAAGGAGCCUAGCCUGAUUUAAAUGGCUGUGGGAGAGGAGUAGGUUACUGAGGGGGGAGGUGACUAUCUGGAGAGCAUGUAUAACCGGAACUUAUGAUUCAGCACUGACAGGGAGAAAGAGUCAGAAUAAAAUUAGAUCUGAAUGAAGCUUGCAUCUGGGAUAAGGAAAAAGCAUGCUAAGCUGAGGAAAAAGUAUGGAGGACAGAGAAAAAUGUAACUAACAGAGAUGAACAGCCUGUGAAGAACCUCCUAGGACAGCGUGCAGAGCAUAAGAUUAGGAGCAGCAGCACCCUCUGGCCAUGGGUUUGCAGUCCCAGAAUAGAUUUCCAGCAAGAUGGUCUCCAGAGCAGAUGAUCAAACAUUUUCUCCUAUGCAAGAGCCCUAUGUCCAUUCUUGUGUGGACUUUGCCUGUUCUACACCCUCUGAAGUUUAUCUAUGACUUGCUGAGGGAGGAGAAAGAGAGAGAGAUGGGAGGCAGCUGAAAGCUCUGUUCCCUCCCUUUUCCCAAAAGUCAUCUGAUUUCUCGAAAAUCUCUAAUACGGACCAGAUCUGUGCACUCCCCCACACAGCUGGAGCCAACAAGGUUGUGCAACUUGUUCUGGAAAUUCCCUCUUCUGCUGAAAGCCGGCUUGGAUACUUUUGGAGUGAAAAGGAAGGAAAAAGAAAAAGAGAAGAGAGAAAGAAGAACACAUGGACUAGGGAGAGAAAGCAAAGUCCAAUCCCUGAAUGUUUUCAGGAAAGAAGAUCAGCUUUUUCCAGAUGUGGUACCUUAUCUUCUUCUGUCACCCUGUCUGGGGUGAUACAGCCUCCAUGUAUGGUGAGAUCUUGUCACCCAAUUAUCCUCAGGUGUACCCAAAUGAUGUGCAGGAAUCUUGGGAAAUCCAGGUCCCUCCAGGAUAUGGCAUUCACCUUUAUUUCACGCAUUUGGAUCUUGAACCUUCGCAGAACUGCGAAUAUGACUCUGUAAAGAUCUUAUCUGGUGGCCAUGUUGAAGGUUUGCUCUGUGGGAAGAAGAAAAGUCGUGUCCCUGGCUCCUCGAUUGUGGAGGAAUUUUAUAUCCCUUAUAACACCCUGACUAUGACCUUCCAAUCAGACUUUUCCAAUGAGGAGCGUUUCACUGGUUUUGCAGCCUACUAUGUUGCAGUGGACUUGGAUGAGUGCACAGAUUUUGUGGAGGAACCUUGCAGUCAUUAUUGUAAUAAUUAUAUCGGAGGUUAUUUCUGUACCUGCCCACCAGAUUAUUUCCUCUAUGAAGAUAAGAAAACAUGUGGAGUGAACUGCAGUGGCAGUGUCUUCACUGAGCCAUCAGGGGAGAUUGCUAGUCCAAACUACCCCAAUCAGUACCCAGAGAACUCACAGUGCAAGUACCAAGUGGCUCUGAGGCCAGGCUACUUUGUGGCGUUGACCAUACGCAGUGAAGACUUUGAUGUGGAACCAGCCGACUCAAAAGGGACUUGCCACGACAGUUUAAUACUUGUCUCUGGAAAGCAGCGUUAUGGUCCCUAUUGUGGCAGCAAAUUCCCAGGUCCUCCUGAAAUCAAAACUAGGAGCAACAUUCUUGACAUAAUUUUCCACACUGACCGUGCGAUACAGCACAAAGGGUGGAAAAUACGCUACUAUGCUGAGCCCAUAACCUGUCCCCAGAGUGUCAUUCCCAAUUCUGUUCUUGACCCAAAGAAGGACAGGUAUAUCUUCUCGGACAUUGUGAAGGUGACAUGUAUGGAAGGCUAUGAAAUUGUGAGGCAAUAUGACAGCAUCACAACUUUUCACUCCAGUUGUCAGAACAAUGGUGAAUGGAGCAACUCUAAUUACAGCUGUAUUCCUGUGAAUUGUGGUGAUCCCAGUCCUAUUGACAAUGGUAAAUAUGACUACAUCUCUGAACCUCAUGAGCCUCUGUACAAAGCUACUGUCCAGUAUUUCUGCAAAGCACCUUACUAUACCUUACAAAACAAAGGGGAAGCGGUAUAUCAAUGCUCAGCCAGUGGACAAUGGAUCAAUGAAGAAAUGGGAACAGAGCUACCAACAUGUGUUGCAGUCUGUGGCAUACCUAGUAAUCCUAUCCGAGAGACAGGAAAGAUUUUUGGAGGCACUCGUGCAGAAAAAGGCAACUUUCCCUGGCAGGUGUAUUUUGAACACCCAAGAGGAGCUGGCGUGCUCAUCUCUGAAAGAUGGGUAAUGACUGCAGCUCAUGUGCUGGACGGAUAUGACAUGCCUAGCAUGUUUGCUGGGACAAUAAAUAUUGGUGGAAGAGCUUUAUACGAAGAUGGAAAGCGGCUGGUUGCAGAGGCAUCAUUCAUCCAUCCGGGCUGGAAGAGGCUGCCCACAGGCUCUCAUAGGACUGAUUUUGAUAAUGAUAUUGCACUACUGAAGCUGAAGGAACCUGUGGAGAUGGGUCCAAACAUCUCACCCCUCUGUCUUCCUGGUAAAUCACCUGAAUAUGAGCUACAAAUAGGGACUCUAGGCUAUAUUGCUGGCUGGGGGUGGAGAGAGAAAGGAAGACUGCCCAAUUAUCUUUGGAAGGCCCAGAUUCCUGUGGUGGACAUGGACAAGUGCCGUUCUGUGAAACCAGAGGGCCCUGCUGAUUCCAGUGCAUACCGAUUCACCGACAAUAUGAUCUGUGCUGGUGGUGGCAAGGACAGCUGUAAGGGGGAUAGUGGUGGAGCUUAUUCCAUCCAAGAUCCUUUUAAUAGCAACCAGUCCUAUGUGGCUGGGUUGAUCUCCUGGGGACCAAAAUGUGGUACCUUUGGUCUCUACACCAAAGUAGUGCGUUAUUUGGACUGGAUUACAGAAACCAUGAAUAAGCAUGAGAUGAAGCCCAGCAUAAUUAGCUGAUUAGCUCUUUCUCCCUUUAGCACAGUCACUCUUCCUAAAUGUGAUGGUUACAUAUUCUGGUAGUAAGACUGGCUAUGAUUCUGUUCACUUUUCAUGUAUAACAGGGUAACUCACUGUGUCUGUGCAGAGUGAGUAGAGUGUCAGGAAUACGUAUUGUUUUUUCCCUCUGUCACUGUGAUUGGUAAGGGGAUUUCACUUUCUUCUUCCACGCAUUACUAUAAGGAAGCAUAAGAGGAAGAUGCUACUCUGUAUAAGGAGGCUCCUUCUGCUUCCUCUCAGUUUUUCUGUUUCAUUUUUCCCACUUGAUGAAGACAUACCCAUGCCCUACCUGACAGGGAGAUCACAACGAAGAGGAGAGAGAAUAAUUGUUAGUCUCAGGAUCAGUUCAAAGCCUAGUUUCUGAUUUCUGUAUUUCCUAUAUCGUUCAGAAUAUCUAAUGGCAUUAAAGAAUGUCCAAACUUGCUUCCCAUGUGUGUACUGUCCUUCUCCUCUCCCUGAAACUAAAUCAAGUACUGAGUCACUUACUGAACCAACAUAUUGCCAGCUUUUGUCAAGCUCUAACUUAUACUACCUUACUUCUCUGCAUAAGAGUUUCUGUGAAGUUCUUCUGAGUUAGUUGCAGCACACUGACCAACCACCACCAGCAACAAGGUCUUCUGAAUCAAGAUAAGCAGAACAGAAUAUCUUCAGAACUCUUAUUUAACUGUACCUAGGGCUUAUUUUUUCAAACUUUAUUGUCUAAGAUAAGAAAUAAAGAUUGCCUGUUUUGGGAAAGG